AUUAGUGGCAGGCCAUGUACAGCCAUCACUGAUAUCGACAAGGCUUUUGGAACCGCCAGGAACAUCAGGUAUUAAUUAGCGUCACUUUCCUUCGUUAAGUCACUUUGCUAAGUACCGCUGUUUUUUCAAUGUACAAACAUCCGUAAAGUUUCUGAUCUCCAUUUGCGUUACUUUGCUCUAUUAUGUUUUCAGAAAAUAUGACGAGGUUGUAUCCAUCAACGAUAUCCCGGUAAGCGAAUCGGAUCAAAAUCUUGUUAAAUCUUUGCUGGAUGGAGCUGUAACGACGCUUAAUAUGGUAAGACUUGAACUGUUGGUUAUUUCUUUUGCUACCAACCCUUUUUUUCUCAUUCUCAUUUACAUGUCAAUUAAAGGAGAUAGGCGUAGAGGUCACCAUAAAAAAACUUGAGUCCAUUAUGCCGUCAACUCGACGUCUAUUCCUGAUUUUAUUCUCGCCAUAAUUUGUUUGUAUUCGUUGUUUCUUUUUAUAGGUUCUCAGGCGACCUGUUGGCAGUUGUCAGGUUAACCUGGACUUGGAUCUCAAAAUUCCAAAGAAACAUAAAACCGGUAAGAAAGUG